UUGGUUCCAGCUCGAGGCAAAGGGGCCAGUCUUCUGUUCCCCCAUGUCAGCCAGUCAUGGGCAGGAGAGCACAGGAUGCUUCAGUCAGCCAAGGCUGAUUCUGUGGAGAAAGCAGGCACCUGUGAGCUCUCAGCAGCCCAUCCUUGAAGCAGGAGAGGGAUGGGGGUGCCAGCCAGGCAAGAUUUAGUUGGGGUUUCUUGGGCAAGCCUAGAUAAUUGAGAGCUGAUUGCAGCAUGGGUCAGGGGCAGAGUGCAGGAGCAGGUGACACUGAAAACAUCACUGAUGGUGGCAUAUUUGGGAUAGAGAUGGAGGCUAUGCACCAGGUAGCAAACUUCAGUGACUGUGGAGGCAUGACCAGGAAGGCCAGGGAUGACAGAGAGGUGGAGGCAGAGAGGGUGGCAGAGCCAAGCUGCAUGAUCCUGGGAUUAGCAGUGAUUUUUACACCAGGAAGAAAGAGAAAUUAAUGAGCCCAAACGUGACAAUGAAUGGGACCCCUGCAGGCCCUCCCUGAACCAAGUCAGGGAGGUCUGCCUGCAGCAAGGACUGGAACCACCACAGCAAGGAGUGCUGGAUGCUGCGCCGUCUGGUAUCUAAGGCACGGGAAUCUGUAAAUUCUGCAAAGACAGGUACCUUAUCUCUCCUGCCUCCCAGGCUGCAUAAUAGGUAAAUAUUUACUGAAUGAGUGAGUCAAUCAGUCCAUCUAUAUUCCACCAUUUCUCAGUGGAAGAGCCCCCUAGCACAGUAACAAAGAGCACAAGAUUUGAGGGCAGACGUCUGAACUUGAAUUUCAGCGCCCAGCCUCGGCUUUUCCAUCGGUAGUGCUGCGAACAUUGAAUGAACUGAUGGGGAUGGAUGCAGAGGGCUUGGUAAAGUACUCGGGGAGUGGGAAUGUCUGCAGGAAUGGCCUUGGCUGCUAAUCUCCCCGUGCUCCCUGCAGCAGGGUGACCGGGGGGUGUGGGUAUGGGUGUGAUGGGAAGGGCGGGUCGAGGGAAGGAGCGGGACACCUGCUGAGGUUGUUCCCUGGCCUCUGCAUACCCAAGUAGCCCAGCCUGGGGCGGAGUCUCCUCCGGGUCAGGCGGGGGCCUUGCUGUCCCCUGGAGGUGCCGAGGGACCGGCCAUGGCCAGCGCAACCUUGGGGUGCGGCCUGUGGCCCCCGCUCCGCCUUGGACUCCUGCUCUUGCUCCAGCUCGCGGCACUGCUACUCCCUACACCAGGACCACAGGUCCAGACCCUCAGGCCAGAGAGCCUCCUGCUAGUGUCCACCCUGGAUGGGAGUCUCCAUGCACUGAGCAAGCAGACGGGGGACUUAAAGUGGACGCUGAAGGAUGAUCCCAUCAUCCAAGGGCCAAUGUAUGUCACCGAGACAGCCUUUCUCUCAGAUCCAGCUGAUGGCAGCCUGUACAUCUUGGGGACCCAGAAACAACAGGGAUUAAUGAGGCUGCCCUUCACCAUCCCUGAGCUGGUUCAUGCCUCCCCGUGUCGCAGCUCUGAUGGCGUCUUCUACACAGGUAAGCAUUUCUCCGGCCUGUGGGUCCAGGUCCAGCAGGGACUGGGACCUCAUCAUGGUGGGGCCAGCUGGGCACAGGACAACAGGCAGCACACCCUGUCCCAGGCCAUCUUAAGGGCUGGCCCACUUUCCACCUCCACAGGCCGGAAGCAGGAUGCCUGGUUUGUGGUGGACCCUGAGUCAGGAAAGAGGCAGAUGACACUGACCACAGAGGGUCCCUCUACCCCCCGUCUCUACAUCGGCCGAACGCAGUACACGGUCACCAUGCAUGACCCCAGGGCCCCGGCUCUGCGUUGGAACACCACCUACCGCCGCUACUCGGCACCCCCCAUGGACGGCUUGCCUGGGAAAUACAUGAGCCACCUGGCAUCCUGCGGGAUGGGCCUGCUGCUCACCGUGGACCCAGGAAGCGGGGCGGUGCUGUGGACACAGGACCUGGGCAUGCCGGUGAUGGGCAUCUACACCUGGCACCAGGACAGCCUGCGCCAGCUACCCCAUCUCACGCUGGCUCGGGACACCCUGCAUUUCCUUGCCCUCCGCUGGGGCCACAUCCGACUGCCUGUCUCAGGCCCCCAGGACAUGGCUACCGACUUCUCUGCCUUGGACACUCAGCUUCUGUAG